CGAGCCCUUGCUCCGCCCCAGCCCACCCGCUCCGCCCCGGGGCUGGGCCCAGACCUCGAGACUGUCAUCAGCGUAAAUAAAUUGGGAACCCCCUCCCGGCCCUGCCAGGACCCGCGGACGUCAGACAGAGACCCAGGCGCUCCUGGCCAGCCGCUCCGCCCGGCGCCCGAACCCCCGCACGCCUGCCCGGCGCCCGAACCCCAGCUCGCCCGUCCGGGGCCCGAACCCCCGCACGCCCGCCCGGCGCCCGAACCCUCGCUCUCCUGUCCAGCGCCCGAACUCCUGCUCGUCGUCUCGGAACCGGACCGCUGCCUUCACCAUGCUCACCUUCCUGCUGCUGCUAUCCUCAGCCGGGCUCCUGAGGCCGACGGUCGGGGAUCUUCUGCCCCAGCCCAAAGACGUGGCCCCGGCGCGCUGCCUGCUGCCCCCCGAUGCCGGGCCCUGCCGAGCCCUCGUGCCCAGCUUCUACUACGACCGCCACCUGCAGAGCUGUCGCUCCUUCAUCUUUGGGGGCUGCGAGGGCAACGACAAUAACUUCGACACGCAGGAGGACUGUGAGCAGGCGUGCGGCUGGAUUCCGAGAGUCCCCAAAAUCUGCCGGCUGGAAGUCAGUGGGACCGAGUUUGUGGGGGACCAGGAGCUGUAUUUCUUCAACCUCAGUUCCAUGGCCUGUGAGAGGCUGCUGUUCGGGGGGGCUGACGGCAAUCACAACCGCUUCCCGGAUGCUGCCACAUGCAAGAGCUUCUGUGCUCCUGCGAAAAUCCCCGCCUUCUGCUACAGCCCUCUGGAUCCCGGCUCUUGUUCAGCAGAUGUGCCCCGCUACUAUUUUAACUGGGAAAGCAAACGCUGCAAGCCCUUCUCCUACAGCGGCUGCGGGGGCAACGAAAACAACUUUGUCUCCCGGAGGGCCUGCUCCAAAGUCUGUGCGAAAGCCCUGAAGAAAAAGCUGAAGAAGGUCUCCAAACUGGGCUUUGUCAAUAGGAAGAUGAGAACGUACAAGAAGCUGCAGUGACCGGGUCCCUGCCUGGGACCCCCGGGACUGGACCUGCCCCGGCCCUUCCUGGACACAACCUGCGGAAAGGUUAGCGCUCGUGUGGCCCCUCACAGGACACUGGAGACACGGGGCUGGCGGAGCUGCCCUUAUUCCUCGGAUCCAGGAGACGUCCUUAUGUGUGUGUGUUGUUCUGUCACUGGCAGCUCUUUGUUACGGUUCUGCUGUUCAUUGGUCCUUGACUGAGCCCUACAGCUCAUUCCUCUUCUAUUAUAUUCUCUUCUGUUCAUUUUGUUGGUGACUGACUGGGGGCAUGGAGGCGGGGGGCUCCCAGAAGCAGGGUCUGAUGAGGCGGCCUUGAGCACAAGGAGACUAGGGGGCCCCAUGUUUUCAGGGAGUGGAUUUCUGAAGGUGAGGGGGAAACCAUCUCAGUGAUAUCUGAGACAGAAGCUGGGCCAAGGCCCUUUUGUCUGGCCCUUGUCAGACCCAGGGUGGGUCCUCGGGGAGCUGGAAAAGUAGCUUUUCUGAAGGUUUCUGCACUGGUAGGUGGAGAAUGGCUGAAAGUGGCUGAGGGGAGGGGAAGGGGCAGAGGAUGGUUGUAUAGCACCUUUGACCCUGGUGUCUGAGUCCUGGUAACCAGCAGCCUCUUGAGUGCCCCAAACCAGGCCCCAAAUGCCCCAAACCAAGCCCCAAAUGCCCCAAACCAGGCCCCAAAUACCCCAAACCAGGCCCCAAAUACACAAACCAGGCCCCAAAUGCCCCAAACCAGGCCCCAAAUACACAAACCAGGCCCCAAAUACACAAACCAGGCCCCAAAUGCCCCAAAACCAGGCCCCAAAUGCCCCAAACCAGGCCCAAAAUGCCCAAUGGCAGGCAAGGCUGUUUAUUCUUGUGAUAAAAAAAGCUGCAGUCACGGGAAGCAUCCUUGAAUAAGGAUGUCUCUUAUUCCAAGGAUGUCUCAGGGUUAGAAAAAACAUGAAAAGCUGAGCUUCUAGGGCAAGAGAGAUGAGGGGACUUACUUUCCUCCAGUCAGAGAACCCAUUGUCACAUAGAAACAAGAGCCAACUGUGAACGUGGGAAGGGGGUGCAGGAGAGGCGCACGAGGGAGCCGUUUUGGGGACUUGUAGCAUCCGCAGCUCCCUGCCACCCUUCCUGGGGGUCAGUGCCUCCCUGACCACGCUGACCAGGAGGGUUUUCCUCUUCAAACCUGUACACCAGAAAGCCGACAAAGGAGAAGUUAUGUCCAUGGUCCCCAUCCACAGGGAUGGCCUUGGAGGUCGGGAAGGGAAGGGCCUUUGAUUGCAAGCUAAGGGCCCUGAAGGCUGGAAGAGCUUUGGAUUCCUUCCAGUCUAUCCCCUCCCCCAAACCAGCAUGUUCUCCUCCCUGCAUAGGCAGAAAAGUUGACAUUUCCCAGCUUUUCCAGUCCCUUCUUCUCCCUCGUAGGAGCCCCUCCUUUUGAGGGUUAGUUUGUACUUUAGGGUGCUCCCUGAGGUACUGUUGUCUUUCUAUCAAGAAUCACACUUGAAUUUAUCUUUUUUUUGAACGUAUCUUUAGUAUCACCAAGUUCCUAAUAAAACAUUUAUUUUAAUGAAA